AUGGAUGCAUUCGACUGCCUGCCGCUGGCGGCGCUCAUGAACCAACAGUUCCUCUGCGUCCAUGGCGGAUUAUCACCGGAAAUACACAAUUUAGAUGAUAUACGAAAGGCUGCCGUACUCAAGUACGAGAACAACGUGAUGAACAUCCGCCAGUUCAACUUCUCGCCGCACCCCUAUUGGCUGCCCAACUUCAUGGACGUGUUCACGUGGUCGCUGCCCUUCGUGGGGGAAAAAGUCACCGAGAUGCUGGUCAACGUCCUCAACAUCUGCUCCGACGACGAGCUGGAUUAA